UAAUGAAAUACUGAUAGUACAUAACUGUACUUGGUGAAUACAUACAGUUUAGUAUCUACUAACAAAAAUGGAGAUACCAGUUACGUAUUGUUUGUGUGGUCGUUCUUAUGAUGCCGAACAAUUUAUGAUACAAUGCGAUAUUUGCAAGGAAUGGUACCACGGCGGGUGUGUAACUCUAAAAGAGUACAUGUCAAUAGACCUUGAUAAAUAUCAUUGUCCUAAAUGCGAAACGAUAUGUGGUCCGUCUAUCAUGAAAACUAGAUUGAAUUGGCACAGACACGAUUAUACCGAAGUAGAUGCAGAUUCUAAACCUGUUCAAACUGGAACUCCAGUAUUCAUUAGAGAAUUGAAAUCCAGACAUUUUCCUAAAGCUGAUGAUAUAGUUAAACAUGUCAGGGGACAACAAUUAACGUUGCAGUAUCUACAAACUAAUGGAUUUGAGACACCUAUCAUUAUCGACGGCAAAGAUGGUCUUGAUAUGAGCGUACCUCCUCCAAACUUUAGCGUUUAUGACGUUGAAAGUUAUAUAGGUGGAGAUCGUGAAAUGGAUGUGAUAGAUGUUACAAGACAAAGUAACAUUCGAAUGAAAUUACGAGACUUCGUAGAAUAUUACAAUUCCCCUUGUCGGACAAGGGUUUUUAAUGUGAUAAGUCUCGAAUUUACAAAUACUGGUCUUUCACCAAUGGUCGAAGCACCAUACAUCGCGCGCAAACUUGACUGGGUAAACUCUGUUUGGCCACGCGAUUGGCCCGAGGAAAGCGAUAUAAAGCGUCCUGAAGUACAAAAAUAUUGCCUAAUGGGAGUCAAAGACAGUUUCACAGAUUUUCAUAUAGAUUUUGGCGGGACUUCCGUAUGGUAUCAUGUAUUAAGGGGGGAAAAAGUGUUUUACCUUAUAAAACCGACACCAGCAAAUUUACAAUUAUAUCAGCACUGGAUGUGCAGUUCAACACAGAGUGAAACUUUCUUUGGAGACCAGGCUGAUGCAUGUUACAAAUGCGUUAUUAAACAGGGCCAGACUAUGAUGAUACCAACUGGUUGGAUACACGCUGUCUUAACUCCAGUCGAUUCUUUGGUUUUCGGUGGAAAUUUUGUACACAGUCUCAAUAUUCCUAUGCAGAUACAGAUAUAUGAGUUGGAAAGAAAGAUGAAAACUCCUACCAAAUUUCAAUAUCCUGGUUUUGAAACGGUUAAUUGGUUUGCUGCAAAGAAAUUGCUCAAAGAACUGAAGGAAUUAAAUAACGAAGAAAAGAAAUGUCCGCCAUAUUUUUUACAAGGUGUCAGAGCGUUAUUAAGUAUUUUAAAACAAUGGAACACUGAUAAAGACUACAAUAUGGUCAGCAGAAGUCAAAUACCGGAUACGAUAAAUAGUCAAAAAUUAUUGAAAGACUUUAGCAAAGAAAUACGACAUGCGGAGAGAUAUUUAAUGUCAUUAAAUCCUCCUAAACCGGAACGUGAAAGUAAACGAAAGAAAAAGAAGCCGUUGAAUAAAGAUUUCGUAGAUUACGAUGUUGCAGAUAAAAUGGCAGAAAAUCCUUUUAAAGCGACGUUAAAGGAAACGAAUAAAGUUGGGACUUUAAUUAACGAUAAUAUGUCGACUAAUCGACCGCCAUUAAAAUUAACUUUAUCGAAACCCGUAAUGUACCCUUACGUUAAAAAUAGUUCAAUGGAAGAGAAACAUGUUAAUAAUUCUACACAGAAACGUACAGCCAAGCCAGGAAAACAAAGUCCAACUGUUAUCAGAUUUAAAUUAGGAAACAACGAAGUUGUUAGAAGUACAAACGAUAAUAUCAAUUUACAAAAUAAUUUUCCGUCGAAUCAUACUACUGUAGUAACGAAAGAACUCGCUUGGAAUCGAACAUCCGUAUAUGAUUUUCAUGACGGUAGCAAUGAAAGUGAUUAUGGUAGAUUUACUAUAGACGAGUCUCCGAAAAGAAGAAGAAAUUCUAAAUCCAACACGCAGAAACGAUUUAAGAGAGAUUACGAUGGCGAUGUCGACGUUUUGAAUGAUAUGCCAAAAAAUGGUAUUGAGGAAUUAUUAAAAGCAUCCGCGUAUACAUUGGGAAAUGCUCCUCAAAGAUUAGACAUUACACCAUCCACGAUUCCGCAGUACAGUCAACCUGUGCCACCACCUCCUACAGGUAUUUAUAAAUUGAAAACGGCUAGUUCUGACAGGGCAUCACCAUCGACUCGUGAAGCCAUUGCCGGGAUGUUAUCAUUCAGCGAGCAGUGUUACUCGACAACGUCGACUAACUCCACGAAAUCAACAAAAACGGAAAAGACACAACGUAACAACGACAAUGACGAUGACGAUCAAUUAAUAGAAAAUAUUGAUAAAGUUCAUCAAGAUGAUGAUUUUAUUUAUCCGGCUUUGGAUGCUUCUGACGACGAAGAUUAUAUUUUCAAGCCAAAAGCAAAAAGUCAGAUAGAUGAAGCAUGGAAUCCGAAAGCCAGAGUCGGACCACUCUUGCCGAAGACAAAUCGACCGGCAAGAGAAGGAGUCAGGAAGACUUCUGUCGAAAAGGGAUUGGAAGCAGCAGCUGCAAAACGGGCAAAACAAGCGGGUGAAUAUCUGGAUAACGACAUGGACAAGAUUACGAAGAAGAAAUUGAAUACAACGAAGAGGACGUAUAAUAAGAAAAAACAAAAGGACACGUCUGUAACGCCUGGGCCAACUCCAAUUGUAUCUACAGAAAACAUUGUGAAAACUAGCACUACAUAUGGAUCAAUAUUAACAAGUCCAAAUAGGCUGAAAGAUGUUAAGGCUAAGUUAGCUGCACCAGUUCCAAUUGAACGUAAACCUAGAAAGGGAAUGAAAACGGCUAAACAACGUUUGGGAAAAAUUUUAAAACUUCAUAAAAUGAUGCAUUAGACAAAGAACUGACAUUGAUAAUUAUAACAUCACAUCAUUCUUUCAUUGAUAGAUUAAACACGUAGUAGAUGUAAAUUGCUAAUAUAAAUUGUAAAUAUAUAUCGGAUAAUUCGAAAAGGUGAUACACCUUAUAUUUAUUAUUGUAUCGUUUAAUAGUUAUUUUCUUGUCAGUUUCUUAAAUUCAUUUAACGUUUUAUCAUUUUUUUUUUUUUUUCUUUUUUUUCUUCAGAAAUGAUCGAACCGUUUUUAAUAUACGUAUUACAUUUAAUAUUCGUAUUAUAUCUCAAAAUUCGUGUUUUGUAAUUAAUUUAUAAAAUUUUAGUAUGUAACGUGGGGCCUGAGAAAAUGUAAGCUUAGUGCCCUUAUGAAUCUCACAGACUAAUACAAUUUAUAUAGUAUGACAAGGUUUAAUGAACUUUCUUUUUAAUUGUAGGAAUAUAAUAUAUAAUGUAGAUUUAAUUUUAGGACUUUUGUUACUUAGUUCGUAUUUAUAGAGAGGCUGUAGAGUACAGAAAUUGUUAUACAUUCAGUGUUAUAGCAAACAGAAUUUAUUAUUUUAGAAAGCAAACUUUAUAUUGUUAUUCCAUAGUAUAUUGUAUACAAGCUGUAUACAAUUUUGUCGUCUGAGAAAUCUUAAUGUUUAUUUAUUAUUAUUAUUACUAUUAUUAUUAUUAUUAUCAUUACUAUUAUUAUUAUUAUUAUUAUUAAUAAUUUACAUUACAUCAUUAUUAUUAUUAUUAUUAUUAUUAUUAAUUUGAUUGAACAACAUGAAAAACAAGUUAUAUAAAGGAAAAUGGUUUUCUCAUAAAAAUUGAGAUAUAGUAUAACUUUAAAGGAUAUUUAAAAAUUUAAUGUUAAUCUUUUAUCUUAACAUCUUCAUAUAAUGUGUUUAGUAUUUUAUAUUUAACGAUAAAUAUAAGAUAUAAAUAUAUAAGCAGAAAGAUUUGCUUUUAUCUUGGCUUUACUCUAUUAAAAGAGUUAUCUUUUUCAAAUUGACAUUAAUUAAAUAAAUAAUUAUUAAGAAAAAAAUAUUAACGUAUAUCAUUUUUCGUACUAAUUGUAAAGAAGUAUUGUAGGUUAUAAAUUAAUCUUUAAUCACGUAAUUAUGCUUGUAAAUAUUAAGAUAUAAUGAUAUAAUAUUCAUAAAAAAUUUCUGAUCGGAUAUACGAUAACUACAUAUGAAAAUUAUUAAAAUUAAAAAAAAAAAAAAGGAUAUAUAUAUACUGAAGGGUUGUGACAAAUUACUUUUACAAUGAUUUAUAAUUUUGUUAGCAUAACUAUUUCUAGUUAAAAAAGCAAUAUCUGGUAAUAUGGAAAAAAAAAUUCAUCGUAGAUCUUAUUGGAUCACGAUGGCAUAUUCUUAUGAAUGAUAUGUAGUCAUGUUUUUCAAUUCUUAGUUUAAAAGAUAAUACUGUACAUUAUAUAUUGUCAUCAAGCGUUUACUUAAUAGCAGGCUGUAUACAUUUAUGUAAGAUAAAAUAAUCAAAUGAGAAAAUACGAUAAGGAAAAAUUCUGUAUAAAAUCAAGUGUAUGAUUCGAUCGAUUUGUAUGAAUUUUUAAUGUCUGGGCUUAUAUAUAUUUAAGAAAAUAAUAUUUAACGAAACUUGUAUUUUUUAAUAUCUUUAAUCAGCAUUAUAUAUUCACUAUCGCGCAUAUAUAUAUAUAUAUAGUUAAUAUAUUUUAUACUUAGUAGUAUACAUGCAAUAUACGAUUAAUUUUUUUAUUAACAUAAAAGAGGACUUGAACAACACUUAUUUAUAAUAUUUAAACGCUAUUAUUAUUAUUAUUAUUAUUAUUAUUAUUAUUAUUAUUAUUAUUAUCAUCAUCAUUAUUAUUAUCGUCCAGACAUACUAUAACUAAUUAUAUGGCUAAGAGGCUGCAGAGUAUAAUUUUAUGCGACGAAUCAGAUUUAUUCGGAAAUAUAUUCAGUUAAAAAGCGCUUUGCUAUAUAUACUUAUAAUUAAUAUUCUUGAAACAUACUUGGUUGAAUUUUACAUUGAAGACAUGGAAUUUGUGCUCUUACAAUUCUUGCUCUAGAUAUUUGUAAAGUGUCAACUUAUAAAAACGUAACAUUGUGCAUUUACACGAGCAAUUUAUGUAGAUACUUGCAAAAUGACUGAUUUGUACACCGAAGCAUAUGCACUGGAAGAACAAAAGAAAAAAGAAAAAAAAAACAAUAGAAACUUAUCAAUAAGAUUUUGUUAAACGAACGUUUUUACUAUAUGCUAAUAUAUAUAUAUAUAUAAAUAUGAACACCACUAAAAGAUCUGAUUACGUUAAUGAUAAAUUCUGAUAAUCAAAUUAACAUAAUAUGAAUUUUAUAUAAUAUUAUGCUUUCCUUGCAAAAAGCGGUCAUAAAAAAAAAAUACAAUCUCCUGCAGAUACAUCGAUAAAAAAAAAAAAGAAAUAUUAAAAUAUAUAUUAAUUGUGUACUGCAAUCUCUAAUGUGUUCAAUAAAUUAUAAAUAACACUAUGUAAAUUAUAUAAUGUAUGAUUCAAAAUAUGUUAAACAUUUUGAAGCACAAAAUCUCAAAUAAAAGUAAAUGGUAUCUAUUUUCA